UAUUCUCAAAGGAAGGUCGGGAUCGCCAUUGCGCCAAUUUGAUGCGGUGGGUAGGCCGCAGAGUUGUUUUCUUGCUUGGUAGCGAAAAUGGAGGUACACAUUUCUAAAACUGAAACAGAGUGGCAGCCUCAGAAAGGAGAUUCUUUAGAGGUUUCUGGUGAGCAGAAACUUAAAGAACUUAUUGCUGAAGGCGAAUUGGACUUUGAUGGGUGGACUAAGCUUAUCUUGGAGGUUGAGAAUUUGUUCCAUGCUGACAUACAGAAAAUAUGUUUAGUUUAUGAUUCCUUCUUGUCUGAGUUUCCUUUGUGCUAUGGUUACUGGAGGAAGUAUGCUGAUCACAUGCUACGCUUAUGCACCGUUGACAAAGCUGUUGAUGUCUUUGAACGAGCUGUGCAAUCGGCAACGUACUCCCUUGGUGUUUGGGUUGACUAUUGUGGCUUUGCUGUUUCAGUUUUUGAAGAUGAUAAUGAUAUUCGUUGGUAAUCCCAAUGCUUGAAAUUGUAGUAUGUGUUAAGAAACAAGCAAUGGAUGUAAACACAAGAGCUGUUUGCUUCUUUGAUGCUUUUCUUAUUCUUGGAAUAUUAGUUAGACUAAUAACCAUGCUACCUGACAAAAGUUAUCUUUUUAUUACCAAAGGUUUUGUAAUAAAAGAGAUGUUU